UAUGCCGCGGUUGGCUUUUGGCAAUGCCGCGUUGGCAAAGCCAAUGCAAUGUAGACGUGGCCGUUGGCAUAUGCCGCUGAGCCAAUGGUUUGCCAACGAAAAUCGCUCUAGUGUCGGUCUCCAUCAAAGGAAGCCGGUGAGAGCCGGUAGUGGGGACGAGCCAACCGUUGGCUUCACGCGGCAUGCACGUGGUUCAGUUGUGGCUGAGACAGUGCCGAGUACAGUCAUGGAGUGGACGAACGAUAAAGUGUGUCAACUUAUUGAGCUCUACCGUGAUAAACCUGUUCUGUGGGACUGUCGCUUGAAAGGGUACAAAGACAGAAACAAGAAACAAGAUGCUCUUCAAGAAAUAGCAGAUGUUUUUGGUGUUGACAAAGCAGUAGUGGAAAAGAAAAUUAAAAACCUAGUGUGCCAUUUUUUACGUGAAAUAAAAAAGGAGAGAGACUCAAGUAAGUCUGGUGCGGGAAAUUCUGAUGUGUACAAGAGUAAAUGGUUUUGCUAUAACAACAUGCUAUUUCUCCAGGAUCGAAAUACACCUAACGAAACGACGGACACAAUCACGCAGGACGAGCAUACAAAUAAAGAUGGAGAUACUGCAAACCAAUCGCAAACUGUCAACCAGGACCAAGUUGCUGGACCAAGUGGAGAAACGCCUCGAAAACGUGUAAGUUUGCCAAAGGAACAGUCUGAUCGGCCAGGCGGAGGCCCACAAAAGAAAAAAAAAGACUACAGCUACAGAAGAAGCUCUGUCAAUUAUGAGAAGUAUCCAAGGUCGGCAUAAAGGUAUGGAUCAGUUCAAAUCUUUUGGAGAGCAAGUAGGACUGCGUAUUAAAGACCUCCCAUCAUCAAAUGCUCAGAAAAUUGCAAA